UUGUGAGGAGGAAACCCAUCUCUUCAGGCUGAGGGGUGAGUCGAACCUGUCUGCCGGUACCGCUGGGUCGGACGAUCUUUACUCUUCUCCCCAUGCUAAGACUUUGGGCAGACGGCCAGACCAAUUCGAGCACAGCCCGGACAUUCACAGCCGUUUGGGCUUAGGACGACCAGCCGUUGCCACGUUCAUCAGUAGACACGGGUGGUGACGGGACUCCAUAUCACGCCUUGGAUCGGCCUCUUGCCAGCGUCUGCCACGCCUCAGCCGCCCCAGCACUCACGCGCCAUCCCGGAACCUUAAUCAAUCUAGGGCCGUCUUUCCAAACCGCUUCUCCCGAGGCUAGGGAACCACCAGCAAGACACAGAGCUCGCAAGGGUGGCUGCGCCAAAAACCCCUUCACCCCGCGCCAGCUUCUUUCAUCACUUUUCAGGACAACCGUUCUCUAUCCCAGUCCAUUCCUGAGGAUACUAUCACUGUUGUGGACUGUCCAACCGUCUAGACAUUUCACAUUUUCGGCAAGUCACGUACUCUAGGCCACCUCAGAGCUGCCCAUCUGGUCGACUCUCGCUCCCUACUUGGCGCCACCCACCCGUACACCAUCACACACCAGCGGGCUUUUUGACUUUGGAAUCUACAUUCCACGCCUCUUCUGGCUGCAACGCAGCUACAAUACCCACAUGUUUGGCCAGUUUCGUCUCACUUCUGGCCUUACCGCUGGCUUCGAGUCUUCAGAUCUGACGUAUUCAUCUGCUUGAAUCUCUUCGGCAACCCCUUCACUCGAUCUAAUCCCCUUGUCGGGCCCAAGUGAGUGGAACGAGGCACAUCGAUACUCACCAAGCCGUUGCCGUGUAUUUUGUUACACAAUACGGCGUAUUCUUCAUACUCGUCGAUAUUCAGGACCAAUCUUCAUGCCAGUUGGCGCUUCACCAGGCCCUUGAGUUCCAACUAGGCUUAGGCCAACCACAACGGCCCUCCACAUUCUCAACAGCUUCCAGGUGCUUUUGAGCUCUGCCGGGAUCGAUUCGGACACGGAGGCCAGACAACACCACCUCGCCAUCUCUGUCUAGGUCUUGACUUCCCUUCCUAGCGUAGUAGCUUCCAGGAGCCCCCGCCAUAACGCCAAUCCCACCAGCAGAUCAAUAGAGCGCGAGCUGCGAUACCCGCUCUCCAGUCAACCCAGUUACAUUGUGGCCGUCCCAGUGCCCCACUACCGUCAUCACCACCCGCAGUAAAAGCUAUCGAAAGAACUGGUGUGGCUCUGGGUGACCGAGACCCUCUUCUGAGUGGCACAGUUCGCCCUUUCACUACUUCCCCCAAAACAAGGAGCGAAUAAUCUCCCUCCCAAGUCCGCUCACAACUACAACCACAGACCCCUCUCGACAUAUGCCGGGUCCGCCAUUUCUAUUCCCCUAGCCAUCCUAUGAAAUACGUAGGUUGCCACGGACUCAAGCUACAGCUUUGAAGGAUCAGUAUCCAUGCCCCGGAUCAGAUUCCACCAGCUCGCCAUUUCAAGCUCUCGAUCUGAUCUACCUAGCCGGGCCACCGCGUCCCUCUAUCCGGACGGCUCCUCCUUCCACAACUCUCCAUCUUUUUACCUCAAGGAAUCCAUUCCCUAACAACAACUUGGCUCACUCCAUCCUUUGGCUUGCUUAGACAUAUCCCGCCUAGUCUGGCCACCCCACCAUAGCUCGCAUUGCCGUCACGGUUAGCGACCCACGAACUCCAAGGGAUACGGAUUUGCGGUCCUUCUGAGUACAGGUAUAGCAUGCCAGCUCCCUCAAGGUCAUCGUAGCACACGAUCCACAAAAUCUCACCUUAUCAGUCCCUUGCCUUCCGCCUAAAAACCACGGCGUCGGCCCCUUCUAGCUGCAAGUAUGGGGGACUAUUAUCACCAUUUUCUCACCUCCAUGACGGGGGUGGCAGCUAGCCAAAGUACAAGUCCGCAGGACAUACAUCCCCCCCAAUUUCCAGGCGCCCAGAUGUCCAUGAUGGGCGGUGCCAUGCCUGGGCCAUAUCCCAACCUUGGAUAUUUCACCGGCUUCCCUGAUCCCGUUGGGCUUACUGCCCCCAAAUCCUCGAGGAACCGAAGAAAGUCGGCUUCGGGCUUAGAUCACGUCAAGCACCGAAGAACACGAUCCGGUUGCUACAUGUGUAGGAGCAGAAGAGUAAAGUGCGAUGAAAGCCGGCCAGUUUGCGAUAGGUGUCGAAAAGGUAGCCGCGAAUGCAUCUAUCCAGAACCACCAACGACCAAAGGAUCUCCAGCACAAGGCUCCUCAUCCAAAGAUGGAGCUCCUACUCAACAGCAGGCCAGUCCGGAUUCUUCCAACGAUGCUGAAGAUGGAGAAGACGACACCGAACCCGCCGGUCUAGACACCAUUCUUGACGAGGACGAAGGAGAGGAAGAGUCUUUUCAGAGACAAUUUUCUGGGCCGAGUAGAAGCAGCACAGCUUCUUCCUUCAACCUACAACGUACGGGAGGCACACGGCACGGCUCCGAGACGCCAUCACACGAGGGGACCAAGAGCGCCUCGCCUUCAACGUCUACCGCGAGCAGUCAAACAACUACCGCAUAUACGAUGCCGGAUCUUACGAUAUUAUCCCUAGGUGGUCACGCCGACUGGUCACAUCUGCCCCCCGACCUCCGGCAGCAUCUGGAAUACUUCUGCGAAAACGUCACUCACUAUCAUUACUGUAUGCUCACUGACGCACACGAGUUCUUCCGUGUAAUUCUGCCGAAUUUCGCGUUACAGAACGAGGCUCUGUUAUACGCGGUUGUGGGCUUCGCAGCGUACCAACGUACGAUACAGGAUCCCAAUGGCAAGAUGGAAGAGUUUCUGAAAUACUACAAUAAGAGUGUUAUCCUGCUGCUCAACUCCCUGAAGAGGAAGGAGAAGCAUAACAUUGCUAUGCUAUUGACCGUCCUUCAGCUUGCCACAAUCGAGGAGUAUCUGGGCGACUGGAUCAACCUUAUGGGGCAUCAGAAGGCUGCUUUCGAGAUGCUGACACAUUUGUUCACACCUGAGACGGCUACGCAGACCCCUCUUGGAAGAAUGAUUGUGUCUUGGUAUGGACGCUUCGACAUCUUCAUCGCCAUGAUGGGCGGCUUCCCCACGAUGCUAGCCCCCGAGUGGUUCAUAACUUUUGUAGAAUACUGCGAUCAGCAAGCUGUAUCGGACGAAGCGGAUAGCCUGCACUGGAAACUCGAAGCGGAAUCAGGUCGCCUGCGGGUUAUUUCGAGAGAAAUGUCUACCCUCUUCGCCCGAGGUAGCAGAGGCCAGAUAACACCGGAAGAUUUCGCGACGGAGCACGAACGACUACAAAACUCGCUUCAGGGCUGGAAAGACGGAUGGGAUCACGCACUGACUGACCCUGCUUACUACGUCACCGACUUUAGCCACGCGGGGCCUCUAGGGGAGGACAACAUCGUCGACCCGUUUAUCACAGGAGUCUUGUACGAUUUCCCGAUAUUCUCGACAACGCUACUCACCAGCGAGUUCAACUCUACCAUGAUGAUGCACAAGUGUCAAUCGUCGACGACGCAGCGGGAACACCUGUAUGGCGAGCUUAGAGGUCACGCAUACGCCAUCUGCCAAAUCUUUGAGGCUGUCGAGAGGUGGCCGUCGAGCCCCAGGGGCAGCUUAAUCCUGAUUCAGGCUUGCAUUGCCCUUUCGGCUUUGUUCUUACCGCAGGAUGCCAAACACCACAACUGGAUCCGAAAGAAGUUUGCUUUGCUAGAGACUAUGGGAUAUAUACACCCGAUAUCACUCCGCACCAAGAUGGCUGAAAUGUUCCACGAGCCCAGCUGCGUGCGCUGGUGGCUGCCCAACGACGAGGGCUACAGCCGUAUCCUACAGGACGUGCGGACUUUUGCCGAUGAACGCAACGCCAAUGCCGCAACCGCCCAGGCGGAGAACCUAAGAGAAGUCAGACACAUUUUUGCAAAGAUGCAAAUGGCGGAGGAGAAUGCAACACAGGCUGCAUAGAUCUUGAGACCCAAAAACUUUGGGGCAAAGGGGGAAAAGAGGGAAGGGAAUCGUGAACAUGGGGAGGAAAAGUCGGGGCGAUAAAAACAAAAAAGGAGGUGGGAAGUCUUGAUCGACUCGGCAAACACAGUGGCUGAAAGGUUGGACGGCAUACGAUGCCCGUUAUAGGAGAUGGAUUGGGAGGAUCGGGGCUCGUUGGGAGCUCGUUGUAAGCGGACGUUACGGUGGAAACGACGGGGGAAAAGUUCGAGCAUGGACGGAUCAAAACAAAGCGGCGGCAUAUUUCUUUUCUUCAUUCCCCCUUCUAUCUAGAGGGCUACAUCUAUGAACCCAUAAAGGCCAUGCCAUACCCAGGCAAAGGCCAUGCGCAUUUUGGCGUUGGGUCUUCUUUUUAUGUUUCCAUUUCUCCCUUUUCUUCCCUCCCCGUCCGAUUAUUCGUUUUAGCAAAAAUCCCCCAUCUGCGCCCUUUGUAGGAGGAUUAAUGUAUUAUAUCUUGUUUCAUUUUCUUGCACAUUUUUUUUCUCUUCAUCUCUUUCCUCAUAUCAUCAUCAUCACACAUAUUUCUUGCUUCCACGUUAGACAUAGAUUCUGUGUGAAACCCUGUUUUUCCCUUUCCUAUUUAUAC